GCCUCAGUAAGAAAGAAGAGACCAAAAGAAUGAGAAGAUCAGAAAGAGAGGAAGAGUAAAAGACCAUUCCAUGUUUGUUUACAUAUUUUCUUUUUCUUUUUUCUUUUUUCUGGUUUUCCCAAUUGCUAAUAAAAUAUAGAAAUCCCCAAGAGAGUCACUCCAUCCUCCUCCAUACCCACCAACUCUCUCACCCGCCCAUGGAGGAGCCACAAACAACCUCUCCCCAUGUUCUUCUCUUUCCUGUCCCGGCCCAAGGCCACAUCAACGUCAUGCUCAAGUUCGCCGAGCUCCUUUCCCUCUCCUCCAUUCGUGUCACAUUCCUCACUACCGAACACUCCUACCGCCAGCUCACCCUCCACUCCGACGUCCUCCCCCGCUUCUCCCUUUUUCCCUCCUUCCAAUUCCGAACCAUCUCCGACGGCCUUCCCCUAUCCCACCCACGCAUCUUCGCCCACCACUUGACUGAAAUGCUGCACUCAUUCGUAUCCGUUACCAAGCCCUUGUUCAGAGACAUGCUCCUUUCACCCCAUUUCUCCUCCGAUCUCACUUGCCUCAUUCUCGACGGCUUCUUCAGCUACCUCCUUGAUAUCGAUGACGAUUUCGUUAAAGUUCCCACUUUCUGUUUUCGUACUUCUGGUGCUUGUUCUACCUGGACCAUUCUCUCUAUUCCUAAUCUAAUCAAACAGGGGCAACUUCCGAUUAAAGGGGAGGAUGAUAUGGAUAGGAUUCUAGAUAACGUUCCCGGUAUGGAGAAUCUUCUCAGAUGCAGAGACCUUCCUGGUUUUUGCAGAGCCACUGACCCAAACAAUGACCCAAUUCUUCAAUUCAUUAUGAGUACGUUUAUUCGAAGCACCAAAUUCAGUGCCCUCAUAAUGAACACAUUCGAGGAUUUGGAAGGACCCAUUCUCUCUAACAUUCGAACUUUGUGCCCAAAUCUCUACUCAAUCGGACCUCUUCAUGCCCUUCUCAAAACCAAACUCACCCACGAAACAGAGUCUCUGAACAAUCUCUGGGAGGUCGACCGGAGCUGUCUGACGUGGCUGGACAAUCAAGCGGCGGGAUCCGUGAUUUACGUCAGUUUUGGUAGCAUUACGGUGAUGGGUAAUCGCGAACUCAUGGAGUUUUGGCAUGGAUUGGUGAAUAGUGGGAGGAGUUUUUUGUGGGUCAUACGGCCAGACCUUCUGAAGGGCGAAAAUGGGGAGAUUGAAAUUCCGGCGGAGUUGGAGGAGGGGACGAAACAGAGAGGGUACAUGGUGGGAUGGACACCGCAAGAGAAAGUACUCUGUCAUGAAGCAGUUGGUGGGUUUUUGACACAUAGUGGUUGGAAUUCGACAUUGGAGAGCAUGGUUGCAGGGAAGCCGAUGAUAUGUUGGCCGUAUGGAUUUGAUCAGCUAGUGAACAGUAGAUUUGUGAGCAAUGUGUGGAAUUUGGGUUUGGAUAUGAAGGAUUUGUGCGACAGAGAAACAGUGGCGAAAAUGGUGAAUGAUGUUAUGGUGAAUAGGAAAGAGGAGUUCGUGAGAUCGGCGACUGAAAUUGCUAAUUUGGCAAGACAAAGUGUGAACCCUGGUGGAUCAUCCUAUGCCAAUUUUGACCGUUUGAUUGAAGAUAUUAAAAUUUUGAGUCGACAAAAGAUACCCGUUCUUGUUAACAACUAGAAUUUGUGUUUCUGAAACGGCAUUUGACUAAUUGUCACCAAUUUGGGAUAACUUUUGGUUGUUGAAAAGUUAUUUUGUACUCUGAAACUCAAAUCCACAUCCAUUACACUUUAUUUACAUCAAAUAAUCUUUUAAGUUGUUCGUGGCAACUAUGGGUGGUAGAGUAAAAAGUUUCACAUGUAAAAGGACGAUGUUACAAUAUGUUAGUGUUGUGGUUCAACUCCCUUUAUUAUUUUAGAAUUGGUUAUUGAGAUUGUUGGACUGGUA